CUACGCAAAUUCAAUUUUGAUAAGCAUUUUUUAUAUCACUUUCAGUUUAAUUAUAGGUUUUCCAAACUUCACAGACACACAACUAAUUUUAAUGAAUUCAAGUACCAGUUCAUUAAGCUUUAUUAGUAGAUCUCAAAUCCGGAUUAUUUUUUGUUUCAUGUCAUUUGUUUCUGGUAAUAAAAAUUGAUUUGAUUUGAUUUUAUUUAAACCACAAUCUAACAGUUCAUCGAAUGGCAAUCUGCCGGAUGCAUCCGAAUCCAUGGAUAAGCUGCUCCAGUUUGAGCCCACAUAUUUCACUUACCUUGGAGUGUCUCAUAAUUGUUGUUUACAUACUCGGACUAGCUCAGUCCAAAGCCCCUAAUUAGUGGCACUUCAGACGGACACCCUAGUACAACCAAAUCCAUCGUGGAGGGCUCAACUCCGCCCAUGACAAACCGUGGACAUGUGGAAAGUUCGCAUUUCGUGUCAGUGCAAAAAGGACCAGCGUCAUGAAAGGACCCACUCUGAAUUUACGAAAAACUCCUAGCAAGGAUAAUGGCGUUAAGCAGGUGGAGAGUUUGGCCAAACCGGAAACUCCACCACCGAAGUUUGUUGAGGAUUCCCACCUGGCAUUCAAUGUCUUGGCCAGCGAAAAGUUGCCCAACUAUGCCAGUCUGGAUCUAUUCCAUAGAGCUGUAUUUCAGUUGAUGUUUUCGGCCCAAUGCGUUGGCAUAAUGCCGCUGGUGGGCAUUCGGGAAUCUAAUCCCCGCCGGGUUCGAUUUGCCUAUAAGUCCAUACCCAUGCUCGUUACCCUCAUCUUUAUGGCCGCCACAUCCAUAAUGUUUUUGAGCAUGUUCACCCACCUCAUCAAAAUUGGCAUCACAGCUAAGAACUUUGUGGGUUUAGUGUUUUUUGGCUGCGUUUUGGCGGCCUAUGUGGUCUUUAUUCGCCUGGCCAAAAAAUGGCCAGCAGUUGUGCGGUUCUGGACCAGAACGGAAAUGGUUUUUACCAAGCCACCGUAUGAAGUACCCAGAAGGAAUCUCUCGCGUCGGGUGCAAUUGGCUGCCUUGGCUAUCAUUGGCUUGUCCUUAGGUGAGCAUGGUCUGUACCAGGUAUCUGCUAUUCUAAGCUAUACACGCCGCAUUCAGAUGUGCGCCAAUAUAACUACGGUGCCCAGUUUUAGUAACUACAUGCAGACGAACUACGACUACGUGUUUCAACUGCUGCCUUACAGUCCCAUCAUCGCUGUUCUCGUACUGUUAAUCAACGGAGCGUUCACUAUUGUGUGGAACUACAUGGACCUGUUCAUCAUGAUGAUUAGCAAGGGUUUGUCCUACAGAUUCGAGCAAAUAACUGCUCGCAUUCGCAAAUUGGAACACGAAGAGGUCUGCGAAUCCGUAUUCAUCCAAAUCAGGGAGCACUUCGUCAAGAUGUGCGAGCUACUGGAGUUUGUGGACAGCGCCAUGUCCAGUCUCAUUCUGCUUUCGUGUGUCAACAACCUGUACUUUGUGUGCUACCAACUACUCAACGUUUUCAACAAACUGCGUUGGCCCAUCAACUACGUGUACUUCUGGUACUCCCUGCUCUAUCUCAUUGGACGCACGGCCUUUGUGUUCCUCACGGCAGCGGACAUCAAUGAUGAGUCCAAGCGCGGACUCGGAGUCCUCAGAAGGGUUUCCAGUCGCAGCUGGUGCGUGGAGGUGGAGCGCCUCAUAUUCCAGAUGACCACGCAGACGGUGGCUCUUUCCGGCAAGAAGUUCUACUUCCUCACCCGACGCCUGCUCUUUGGAAUGGCUGGAACCAUUGUCACCUACGAGCUCGUCCUUUUGCAAUUCGAUGAACCCAAUCGCCGCAAAGGACUGCAGCCACUGUGCGCCUGAUGGACAACAACAGCCACCACAUCAUCAUCAACACACUACCCAAACCCACUCAUUUGUCAUGUCAGCUGAAUGUGACAGGCGCCACUAUUAGUUGUAAAUACUUAGUUGGUAAAUCGUUUAAAAGGGCCACGCCCCCCUUGGAAAUAUCGA